AUGCAGGUCUUCACUAUCCUCUGGACACUCGCGUUCUUGUUGAAAGAGGCGCACACAUGGGGCUUCAAAGACGGAAUAUUCCACAAUUCAAUCUGGCUGGAACAAGCAGCUGGGGUUUACCACCGGGAAUCGCGCAAAGGAAGAUACCAGCUGACGUAUAAAGAGGCCAAAGCUGUCUGCAAAUAUGAGGGAGGGAAACUGGCCACUUAUGAGCAACUGGAGGCCGCUCGACAAAUAGGUUUUCAUGUGUGUGCAGCUGGAUGGUUUGAUAGAGGACGUGUGGGUUACCCCAUCGUCAAAGCUGGUGCAAACUGUGGAUUUGGAAAAGUUGGCAUCAUCGACUACGGAUUCAGGCUGAACAAAAGCGAAAGAUGGGAUGUGUACUGCUACAACCCAAACUCCAAGGAGUGUGGUGGUGUGCUGACAGAUCAGCAGAGGAUCAUUCAGUCUCCUGGAUUCCCUGAGGAGUAUCAGGAUGAACAGAUCUGCUACUGGCACAUCCGAGUGCGCCUGGGUCAGAGGAUCCACCUUCACUUCAGGGAGUUUGAUGUGGAGGAAGACACAGCUUGUAUCUCAGAUUACCUGGAGGUUUAUGACAGCUACGAUGAUGUCUCAGGCUUUGCUGGCAGGUUCUGUGGUGAUUAUUUACCUGACGAUAUCAUCAGUACAGGAAACGUGAUGACACUAAAGUUCCUGUCUGAUGCUUCAGUCACAGGGGGGGGCUUCCAGUUACGUUAUACUGCCUUUAAUGCAUCUCUGGCUAAACACGAUUUUCACUGA